UGUUUUCGAAUUUCCCGCCCUAGGUCUUCUUUGCGCGCGAUGGCUGGCAGCAAGAGUCAAGCGCCUAAGCCUCGCAAGCGCGUCGACGCUGCUGUGGAGCUCAAGCGCGCCGCCGAUGGAAGUGGAUUUGUUCGCUGCGAAGAAUGCAAGAAGGAUGUGCCAGUUGCGGUGGCAGACAUGCAUACAUGCAGUAGCUUGAAGGUGCCCUUGAGAGUUUCAAGUGCGCCAGAGAGGAAGCCGAUGGAAAAGCAAAGUAAGAAACGCAGUGGUGGUAAAACAGAAGAGAAGAAGCCGAAGAAGCAAGCCAAGAAGAGAAAAAAGGACAGUAAUCUUCCAAAGAAGCCAAUGACGGCGUUCUUCCUCUUCAUGGAGGACUUCAGGCAAAAGAAAAAGGCAGAGAAUGUGAAGGGCUCUGAGGUAGCGAAGCUUGGGGGAGAAGCAUGGAAGGCGAUGACACAAGAGGAAAAAGCUCCUUACAAUGAGAAGGCAGCUCAACUGAAACGAGAAUACGAUGCUGAAGUUAAAAAACUAAAUGCUGAUGACGCUUCCGAGCCGAAGGAGGACGAUGGCGGUGAAUCCGGCAGGGAGGAUUGCAGAGUCAUGAACGAAGAGAACGGCGAUGAGUCGGAGAAGGAGAAUGGAAGCGGAUCGGCCACUGAAGCAGAAGAGUAGCUAGUUGUUUAUGCAUAGCGUUGUUAAAUAUUUGAUAAACCAGGAUUUUUCGCUGAGCUUGAUUCGUUACAAAGUGAUAAAAGAAUAUGAAAAAAAUGAGAAAAUCGAAAAAUCACUUUCUGUA